UUCGUCUCUCCCUCUGGUCUCGACUUCUGCCAAUCAAUAACCGGCGCAUCGACUCGCUUACACUCCACUCUCCUUCCCUCUCUUCCCCCUCCCUCUCUCUCUCUCUCUCUCUCUUUUUCUCUGCUGUCUUUUCCUUUCUCUACUUAUCUCGCUCUCUACUUCAUCUCUCCCCACAUCUCUUCUUUCCCGUUCGUCGCUUCUAUUCUUUUCUCUUUUUACUAUACAAACACAUUCUAAUACCUUCUCUUAAUUUCUUCUCAUUGUUUUCGCUCGUUGCUACAUCACAUUCUUUUUUCUUCUUUUUCCUUCUCUUUCUCUCUCUCUCUCUCUCUCUCUCUCUCUUUCUCUCUAUCAUCUUCUUUCACCCUUUUUCACCCCCGCGCAGCGACAUAUCACGGGUACUAGUCAGCGUGAUCAUCAACAUCAGCAACAGACACAUUGGCAGCAUCAGCAGCGGUCCUAACUGGUGGCAGCAGCAGCAUCAGCGGCAGCAGCGGCGCCUAAGCUGGCUGCGCCAGCGCCUUGCGCACCAGCUUCUCUAAUAGGCGCGAGUAUCUAUUUAUAUUCCAUCAAACAUAACGGAGGACAAAAUCGAGCGCCGUUCCGCGUACCGCCUACGCCAGCGAAAGAGGCGGCAGCGUGGGAUCGGCACUGGCCGCGAAGAUCGCGAGCGUGACACCGCACGAUGCGGCGUGUACCGCGACGCGGCCGCACCUACAAACUGUAACCGAGACGUAAUGGAUCGAUCGAGCGAGAUCCUCUUCUUCCUCACCGUCAUCGCCGUCAUCAUGGUCGUAAAGUUCAAGGAUAUUAUAGUUAUGGUUUGUUGACCAAUUGGACGUACCAUCGAAGGCUACCGUGUAUCUCUGACAUCUCUACGAUCGCAUCGCGCUUACCCUUGAGAACGAACGCCAUCGUCAGCAAGGAUCUUCUCCACUUCCUAUUUUCCUCUGCCUCCACGAGACGAGGCUCGCAUCCGCGCACUCUCGUCUCUCUCUCUCUCUCUCCCCUUCCCCCCCUUCUCUCUCUCUCUCUCUCUUUUCUAUCACAACUAUUCGGUCCACCGACCAGUCGACUCGCGCGCGCGACUACCCCGUCGCCAGAGAGUGGAGGGUGCCGCGAGAAGAGGGUGACAGCGGAAGGUGGUAGUGAUACCGCGAGUAUCGGCCAGCAAAGUCACGGAAACGACGGACGAUCGGAAGAAGGCGGGAAAUGGGCGAAGUAUCAUGCGCGACGACGACGUAACCCUCCGCUCGGGGUGCGCUACUGCUGCCGCUGCUGAGUGUCGUCGCGCGACGUCGCCAUCGACGGCGUAGUGCCUCGCCCGGUCGCACAAGGCUAGAGACCACCACAUCGUGCUUCGUGGUGCGCGUAUGUGUCCGUCCGCGAGUCCGUGAAGAAGGGUUACGUGCGCUGGGUUUUUCGUGGUUCAGCUCAGGGCUCUGGUGCGCGCUGGAAAUAUGCGGCCUUCGGGCGAGGCCCGGCGAGGUGGUCUCGCGGGAGGACCGGGCUAGAGGAACGACCGCGUAUCGGUACACUCGUACGCGGGCACGGUGCGCCCGCGGCCGUGCCCGCACCCGCACCCCCGCGCCUCGGCGCCGCUGGCCACACGCCGAUUAGGCUGAUUCUAAGGACGCGGGAAGCGAGCUGGACUCGCUUUCGGACGCAUGGAACAUGAUAGAGAUGUCGAGUGGACUCGGUGCAACUGCAAUGGGGAUCGGUGUUAGUCACGGGACAGGCGGCGAAGGUGUAGCUGGUGGUUGCCGCCUCCGUGCACAGAACCAAAGCCAGGCCUCGGGGUCCACGAUGCAGCACAGCAAUCCGCAGCAAUCGUCUCAGCAGCAGCAACAGCAGUCGCAACAGCAACAGCAACAGGCAUCCGCGUCGCAGCAGCAGUCGCAGCAACAGCAACGCCAGACGGCCGGAUUCAUGGGCCGAUCGAAGAAGGACAACUGUUGCCUGUGCUGGUGCUGUUGCUGUAGUUGCUCGUGUAGGAAUAAAUGUUUGGCGGCAGUCGGCGGUAACUCGACUGGCACCGGAGCGGGCGAUCCGAGCAAGAAGAAGGGCAACGCCGGCGUCGACGGCGAGCACGGCGGCACCGGCAUGGGCGUCGGCGACCUUACGGGUGCAGGUGCGGGUAACGGUCUCGACGGACUCGACGGCCUCGACGGCGGCGUAGAGUGCUGCAACUUGGAGGAGGUCCGGGCCUGGGGCUCGUCCUUUGACAAGCUGAUGAGGAGUGCCGCCGGCCGCAAGCUCUUCAGGGAGUUCCUCGUAAGCGAGUACAGCGAGGAGAACAUCGCCUUCUGGCUGGCCUGCGAGCAACUCAAGAGGGAGAGCAAUCCCGAGACGAUCGAGGAGAAGGCGCGUUACAUUUACGAGGAUUACAUAUCCAUACUUUCGCCCAAGGAAGUGAGUCUGGACUCACAAGUGCGGGAGAUCGUGAACCGCAACAUGGUGGAGCCGACGCCGCACACCUUCGACGAGGCUCAGCUGCAAAUCUACACCCUCAUGCACCGGGACUCGUAUCCGCGCUUUGUCAACAGCGAGAUUUACCGGAGGAUGGCCAGAUUGAACAGCGGCUCGCCGAGCCCGAGCGCCGGGCAGGAGCACAGCAGCGGCAAGUCGAAGGGCAAACGGGGGGCGACGUAAUCGUAUGAUCGACGGUCCAGGAACGUCGGGAGCGCGGACCAAGAUCAAUUAUCAAGCACCUUUCACCCACGCGUCGAUCGGCCAAAUCGUUCGGCGGGAAUUCGUCUGGCAAAACUCUUCCUUCUCGUCGAGGUGAGAAAUCGCCCGUGCGAACACGAUCGAACGAGGCCGCGCAGCCGCGGUUGAUGAUCCGGGGAAAGCCGCUAAUCCCGUGGAAUCCGCGAGUCAUCCCCUCGGGUGGACGAGGAGAGCCUCCUGGUGAUCGGCUUACCAAAAGCCAGGGGCUUGUUCAGUGAUUCGCUCUUCCACGCGAAGGCGCAACGGGGCCACGUAAUCGCGCUCGCGACACGCGAGCCGUUACGACACCGAUGAUGAUGAUGAUGAUGGUAGUGGUGGUGACGAUGGUGGUGGUGGUGAUGAUGGUGAUGGUAGUGAUGAUGAUGGUAGUGAUGAUGAUGAUCAUGAUAAUAAUGAUGAUCAUAAUGACGGAUUGAACGUACGACGAGAUCGCGGUCGGUCGGUCGCGUUGAUCGCUCGCGUUCCACUUUCAGGAGUUCGGUGCAAGCGCAUGCAUGCGACGGUGGAUCGUAGCCGAGAGAGAGAGAGAAGAAGGUCACGCGAUCGCUCGGGGGUGGCGAGCCGUCCGCGGAACACCCUCGAUCCUCGGUCCAUCGAUCUUUGAGCCUCGCGAUCUUACUUUUCGUCGUCGUCGUGGUAGCUCAGAAGCUUGCGUAGGAUCGACUCAAAGCGCUUACGAGCUUUCUUCCUCUCUUUUCGCUCUUCUUAGCUUAAGAGCGAGUUCGAUUCGAAUCACACGUACACACAGACACAUACACACAUAACACAUACACGCGUGCUUCACGUCAGCGAGCUUAUGCGAUCCAAAAUUGUCGAACCCAUCCUCUUUGGCCUCUCAGCAUUUGCGGAAAAUUGAAAGAACGAAAAAAUCUCGAUCGAUCGCAUGUGCAAAAGCCUAAAGUUGUGAUUCCAAUUGCGCUCGCUGGGUAAUGUUGAUCAUCUGAUUAGAAUCUGGUACGUACGACGAAAUGAGAUGCUUGUUACGUAGUACACGACUGCGGCUACUCGACGCGGUUUUGGUCGAUGCGUUGAUGAUAAUCGUCAUAUAUCUAGUCGUAUGUCUCCUCCGCCCGGAAGCCCGCACACUUUUUUGAGCGAAGGAUCAAGCGCUAAGAACUCGCGUAGCCGUCACGAGCCGUCGGGUGGCUCGCGAAUCGACGCUUCGCUGAAACUGAUACUCACUUCUCUCACGGGAUGCAACCGCCAUGAUGGCAGGAUGCAUCCUGUCGAUCGUUACUCCUGUGAUCUUAAGAUUAACGCGCGUAGCCAGGGCUCGUCGAGAGAGUGUCGCGUGUCCUCGAAGAUAGGUUUAAUCUGCUCAAGACCGCACUCGCUCUCUUUCUCUCUUUCUCUUGUUUCCGCGACGAUUCACGCUUGGGAGAUAAUCGAGUCUACGUCGUCGUCGUAAUUACAGCCCGCUGUAACUUCAGGGUAACGUAUCGUAACGUAACGUAAUGUAAUGUAACGUAACGUCAUGUAACGUUACGUAACGUGACGCAUUUUUUAUCGCGCGCACUUUUCUAUAAUUGCAAGUAGUCCGCGAGUCUUCCUCUUCGGGAAGGAUGAGGCCACGAAGCCGCAUGUACUUAUUCAGAUGAAUAAGAAAAACGUUAAGGGAGAGGUAAGGAGAAAUAGAAAAAGAAGGAAAGAGAGACAGAGAGCCGAGCGUCUUCGCCGGUAAUAUCGACUUGGCGUUUGCUUCCAUAGCAUUUUAAUGAAAGGCUCGAUGGACGGGGAUCUUUGUUGUUCCUGGCGCGUCAUCCCCAUGGCGGAUACCGAGCUACUGCCAGCGAGAACACACCAAAGAUCGAACGUGCGUAGAAGCAACCGGUCUGACGAUCACCAAAGAGAACAACACUCGAUUAACACGCCAGAUAUAUACGAUCAUACAUACACACACGACACACAUGUCCGACUCGCACAAAACGCAUACAUACCAGAGACACGCACACACGUACUUACAACCUGACACAAGCGCGUACGCUCGUGUAAUAUCUAAUCAUCGUCACGCGGAAACGCGAUCGGAAAACGCGUGAUCGUGCGAAGAAAAAGGCCUAAACACGAGAUAAGAAAAAAACCAAACAUCCGAGUGUCCCCACAUUAAAUCGAGGCUGUCGCGUCGAAAUCGGACUGUCAUCGUUGUUGCGGAUGAGAAAGGGGAAAAAGAGGAGAGAAAAAACGCGAAGAGAAAAAUAACGAGAUCGACGCUCGACGAAAAUUGGCCGGGAGUCGCGGCGCGGAAGCCCUUGAUAACGCUAAUCGAUAAGUACGUAUCGGAUACGAAAGAAGGAAAAGGCAAAAAGAAAAGAGAUUGAGAAAAAUAACGACGAUUCGAUCGUCACCGACGUCGCGCCGCCACGAUCGAAGAUGAUUUCUACUGUCAUUCGCGCCGCGACGCCUGCCCGGCGACGACGGAUUUCUUCUCGGCCGCGAUGCGCUUCGACCGAUCGCUCCUCGCACGGACAACUCGCUUCAUCCCUCCGGGAUCGCGCUCUCUGCGGAGAGAUCCGCGCAAAUGCUCUCUGCGGUCGGAUUCACGUCUGCCAUUUGUUGUCGCAUCGUUCUCGCGGUUCUCAUGACGACGACGCUGAUAGUGCGAACCGUAGCGUGGACGCCGAAGAGAUUUUCCCCUCAGGUAUUAUCUUACAAUAACGAUAAAUGCUUAUAAGGGAGGAGGUGUCAGGCAGAAAUGUCGCGCGACUAAUGUUAAAUGUUAAACCUAAGCCGAAUAUCGAGCAGUGCCCGAAAGAUAUUUUCCUACGGCGUUUGCGCUACGUCCGCACUAAUUAUCGUCGAAGCACAAGUCAAUCACGCAACGUGCGAGUGUCAAGCGUUGCCAGUUAUUUGCCAGUUAUCGUUAGUACCUUUCUUGACAUCGUGGGACUGAUCUCCGCGUCGCGAUCGGAAGUGAGUAGUGACGCUCGACCGAGACACCGACGGCAUAUCGCAAGCUCAAACAACGUUCAUCCGUAUGAAAUUUUUCCGUUUUUCCCUUUUUUUUUCUUCUCACGAACAAUAUACUCGGGAACUCGUUGGGACACAUCAGCGGCACAACAGACAUGAUACUCGCCGCGUCGCGAAAUGACCAAAAAAGAGCGGGGAAGUUCGAGCGCAUCGCGGCGCGCCCGCGCGAUCUCCACUCGCGACACUGAUCGGUAUUACGCAUUGCGACAGGUAGAAAUAUUACAUGACACACGCGAAAGGCGCACGAUAGGGCUCUCCCAGAGGAUCAUCGCGAGAUCGGGAGGGCGGGAACAUGUGCGCACGUCUCUCUAGUCAAAUUGAAGUCGUCGGCGUCGUCGAGAGCGGACAGGACAAGCGAUAACAUUCGCGAAGUGAAUUACAGCGUUCGGCUACUGCCCUGUAGAUAAUAUAUAGAUAGAUAUGAUGAACGAGAAGAUUUAAUUAUUAUAAAUAUAAAUAUAAAUAUAUAAAUAUAUAUAUAUAAAUAUGAAGAGAAAAAAAAUAUAUAUAUAAAUAUACAGAAACACAUGUGCUAUGUUCUACAUAGGUGCAGAGUGCAAGCGUGCGAGAGUAAUAGACGAGAGAAUGCGAGAGAGUGACACGAUUCUUUUUAAAUCUUCGAUCCUUUGUUCGACGCGAGGACAGGCCUGUCCGCCGCGACCGAAAAAAAAGUCGGAAGAAAAGAAAGCGAAAGACGACAGUGAUUAGUGAAAAUCUUAUGUCGAUCUUAAAUCCGACAUCGACGAUAACGCCGUGCUCGCGCGACACCGAAGCGAAAGAUGAACGCGAGUUUUAUAACAGAGAUCGCGAGCAGUAAAAAUUGCGCGUAAGUUGCGUUUAGAUCGAGACAGGGGUCGAUAGAGCGAUGCAACAAAUGUACAAUAUCCCCCCUUAAGAUUUGCAAAUGAUAAUUUAUAUCAUUUUAUAUUGUGAUUUAAAAUGUCUUAUAUUGUAAUCAAAAUGUUACUCGAAAUGUUGCCUCACUUAUGAUUGCCGUUAUUUUUAUUAUCGUUUUACUUUUGUAUCGAUUUUAUAUUCGCUAUGGUUUCUAUUCAUAAGCAGGAGUUGCAAGAUACACGUAAUAUAUGGAUUAUGUCUUCGUUAAAGACGAUCGUACUAUUCGCUCUCUCUUCUCUUGUCUCCAACAGGGUUGUUGUGAAGGGCGUUCAUUUAGGACUUCAACGCGACUUCCGGAGGCCUCGCGUCGGCAUCGUCGAUGAAAUUAAGUGGUGAGAUUGCUCGAACGUCGUCUUCACUAAUAAACGCACAAUUUUCUCAACCUUCGA